AGAAGAAAAGAAACCGACUCAACUUACACUGACUCUUCGAUCUCAUCUCCAAUCUCAAACCCUUUCUUAAAUUAAAAGAAAAGAAUUACAUUAAAAAAAAAAGCCCGCUAAAAACCACUAAAAGAAUGGCAACUCCAGACGAAAGUCCUGCAGCUAAGAGAUGGCUUCCUCUUGAAGCUAACCCCGAUGUCAUGAACCAGUUUCUUUGGGGUCUGGGUCUUCCAGAGAGUGAGGCAGAGUGCUGCGAUGUUUAUGGCUUGGAUGAUGAACUCCUAGAAAUGGUUCCACAGCCUGUUCUUGCUGUGCUUUUUCUUUAUCCAAUAACUUCUCAGACUGAAGAAGAGAGAUUGCAGCAAGAUAAUGAGAAAAGAGAUGUUAGCAGUGAGGUUUAUUUCAUGAAACAAACUGUGGGAAAUGCUUGUGGAACGAUUGGGCUUCUUCACAGUGUUGGAAAUAUUACUUCAGAAAUCAAGCUACAAGAGGUAUCCUUUUUAGAUAGGUUUUUUAAAUCUACUGCAACCAUGGAUCCAUUGGAGCGUGCUGCAUUUCUUGAGAAAGAUGGAGAGAUGGAAGUUGCUCACACUGUGGCAGCUACAGCUGGUGAUACAGAGGCUUCUGACGAUGUGGAUACUCACUUUAUCUGCUUUACAUGUGUUGAUGGGCAGCUUUAUGAACUUGAUGGAAGGAAGUCAGGACCAAUAUCCCAUGGUGCAUCCUCACGAAGUACCUUGUUGCAGGAUGCAGCCAAAGUGAUCAAGGGAAUGAUCCAGAAAAAUCCAGAGUCACUCAAUUUCAAUGUCAUUGCACUUACUAAGAAGGUGGCAGGUGCAAUUUAAUUGGCAAGUGUUGUACUCAAUUUCUUUCAAAUUCAGUCACCUUGACAUAGCAAACAAUCGUAUUGUGGAUGUGCUUUACUUUAGGACAAUUGUGCUUGUAUGAGACUCGUGUGGUUGUAUAAGUCGGUUUCACUACCGUUGGCAUGGUUUGGUCAUUCAAAAUUUUUAUCUCCAGUGUUUGCAUCCUUGUAUACAUCAAAAGUAAUAAUUUGAGAAUAUAAUCGAAUUUGGUUCAUCAACUAAA